AUGAGUAAGGGCUGUAAAAUCCCAACAAAGGAAAGGAAGGCAGACAACAACCAUGACAUUUACUGCAAAGCCUUGGCUCAGACGCUGAAGGAUGUUGACCUGCCAGUGACGGUGGGACUGUAUUCACCGUGGGGACAGCAAAAAAGAAAAUUCUUAGAUAAAAUUGAAGAUUACAUGACAGACAAACCAAAAAAUGAUGGAAAAAGAAUGAGAAAGAUUUGCUCUGGGCUUCUAGCUGGCUGGUCUUGGCUGUUACUCAACUGGCAUAUAAUAUUUUGUCACUUUACCUCCGAUUUGCCCAGUGAAACCUUCUACGAGCACAAUCACUCCAAAGCUUCCAAACAGCCAAGAACACAGAGCGGAGCCAUUCCACAGGGUGAGCCUACGCUGGAGGAAGAGACUUUAUUAUCGGAGAAGUCAUCCCCUCCAAUUCCUAGGUCAGAAGAGACCGAACAUAAUAAUAUCCAGUGUAUCUUCAUCAACUUCAGUGCCUGGGAUUAUGUGGGCUGUGAUUACAUCUGGGCCGGCCUUGUGACAACGCUGCUUGAUGAAAUUGAAGGGAAAUUUAAAUAUAGUUUUGGUGCUUUUAGGAUGUUUGGUGCGGAAUAUAAGGGAAAACCUAUGAAAAAUAAGUGGAUUGUGAAAACAAUGACUAAGGUGUCAUUUUUCGGUAUUGUAUCUGUGUCUUUUGCUGUAACGCUGGGCGCUUGGCUACUUAUAGAAGAGAACUUAUUGGAAAUAUUUUCCUCUGUGAUUGCCUCUGCUGUUUCCCUUUGCGGUAUUCCUUUCAUAUUUCCAUGUAAAAAUCUCUUUUUCACAGUAAGAAGGAAGAUUCAGAACGAAAUCAGGAGGAAGGACCUUAGUGUUGAGCUGGGCUUCAUGCACUAUGUGAAAAAAGAAGUCAAAACCAUCGUUAAGUUCCUCCAGCUCAUGGCUUUUAAAAACAAGAGAAAGAUCCGGGUGGUCCUGAAGAUCACCAACUUGGACCUAUGUGCUCCGGACAAGGUAGUUGCUGUUCUGGAUGCCGUGAGCAUACUUUUAUCCGACAAAGAUGCUCCAUUUAUGUCCAUCUUGGCUGCUGAUUCCAGCAUCCUCGUGGAAUGUAUUCAGCAGUCAAGUAACACCUGGAGCAACGGUUAUUUAUACCUAGACCGAAUUGUGUCUCUGCCCUUCUCUCUGCCACAGAUGAGCCAUCAGGGUAAGACACAACUCAAACAGGAUAUUAAAAGAAGGCUGGGGGAUAUGAAACUAAGAACGUCCCCCAGCCUAAAAAACUACAGAUCGCAAAAAGCAGCCACGAUGAUAGUAAUGACCGAGGACAGCCAGUGUGUCGUUUACGAGCUAAGGACUCAGGAUUUGGGGGGAUAUCUUUCGGGGAAUUUUGUCCAAAUGGAGAGGAUUGUGAACACAGUCCUGACCAUCUACUCCAUGAUCACACAGGGAUAUACGUUCAAAGACGUAGAGAUCGAUGGGGGAAAUGAAGGCACGUUGGGGAUCUGCGAGGUGAUCGAUUGGGUCAUUCUCGCCAAUUGCUGGCCGUGCCGUUUGAGCUGGAUUUUGCAGUGCGAGGAAAAUGAUCGGCAGCGAAGGAAGCUUGAUCAAAGCAGUCGGAUGAAGUCGGAUGCCAAGACACUGUAUCAGAUUUUUGAGGACCAUGAGUUUGAGUUGGGCGAGAUAAAGAAUGAUAUCAAAAACCUUUUGGAACUUGACGGCGAUCCUGAGCUUUUCAAGAUUUUCUUGCGGGACAACGAGAGCCAUUUCACUGCGAAGUGGGUCAGGUGUAUUUCUCACCUUCUCAUCAAUUUGGACUUCUCUUUGAAAAGGCAGCUCGAGUUGCAUGAAGGCCUGAAGUGCAUACCCACGGGCAGCAAGGGAAAGCACUUACUGGAGAGUAAAGAAUGCUGAAUGCCUGUCCAAACGGCGGUCUUUGAGGCAUGAAGAAGACAAAA